UGAAUUCUUACUGGAAAUAAUGAAAAAAAAAAAAUGUAUGGGCCAGGAGAACUACAGCUGACAUCGUUCCCUUCCAUGACAAAGAAAAUGAAAAAGAAAUAAACAAAGUGCAUUAUAUGGCGAGUGAAGCCAAAAAAAUAUAUAUAAUGAUUAAUAUGAUGAUAUAUAAUAUAUAUAUAUAUGUAUUACAUGAAUGAUAUUUAUCAAACUUAUGAAGUUGUUAUAUGUAAUGAUUGAUGCAAAGAUCGGAGAGGACAACCUUAUUGUCCAUCAUGUUUGUCACUUCCCAGUUCCAACGACUCCAUCAAACAUUCAAACUCUUAAUUUAACAAUUCACUUGAGAUUUACUCAUAAAAUAGUUUUGAGACAUUAAACUAAGAAUAAAAAUAAAUGCCCAAACUCAUGUGCAGCUGGCCUGGCAUAUUUGACCAAGUUUAGGAUUUGGCUUAUAAAUCUUCCAAGAUCCAAAACAUUAUGUACUGAUGAGAGUGUCACCCUCUCACAAUAAAGACCCUCUUUUAUCCGAUUCAAUUCAACAGUUGCAAAGAUUUCAAUUUCAAUCACCGACUUAAUAGCAAAUAUUGGUUCCUGGUUUUAAAGAAUCUUGUCCAUCUUAGCAACACACUAAUAUUCUGUGGUGUUGUCCUUGAAGUCUUCAGAUGGAAGUACAAAAUCAUCCACAUGGGCAGAUUAUUGAGAUCAGAGGUGAUAUUUCUUAUGGAGAGGAGGGUAGCAGAGGAGGAGGGAGUACUAAAAUUUGUGGGGAAGUUUCCUGUGGAUUAUCUGAUGUUGGAUCAAACUCGAAAGAUGCUAAAGAACGAUCAGCAGCAAUGCGAAAGCUCCUAAUAGCAGUGGCACUUUGUCUAGUGUUCAUGAGUGUGGAAGUUGUUGGUGGCAUCAAAGCAAACAGUUUAGCUAUAUUGACUGAUGCAGCUCAUUUGCUCUCAGAUGUUGCUGCUUUUGCCAUCUCCUUAUUUUCUCUGUGGGCUUCUAGCUGGAACGCCAAUCCCCGCCAGUCUUAUGGGUUUUUCAGGGUUGAAAUUCUUGGUGCACUCAUUUCCAUCCAGCUCAUAUGGCUGCUUGCAGGUAUACUGGUGUAUGAAGCCAUUGUUAGGAUUGUUCAUAAGACUGGUGAAGUAGAUGGUUUUCUUAUGUUUGUUGUGGCUGCAUUUGGCCUAUUAGUUAACAUAGUCAUGGCUGUAUUGUUGGGACAUGAUCAUGGGCAUGGACAUGGUGAGCAUGAUCAUGGUUUUGGCCAUUCUCAUACUCAUGAACAUGAACAUAAACAUGAGGAGCACUCAAAACAUGAUCAUGAUCAUGAUCAUAAAGAUCAUCCACACAAUCAUGAUUCUGAAGAUCCUGCUGAGUCGCUAUUGGAUAAACCCGAAGGUGGUCAUCAAAAGAAGCAGAGGAACAUAAAUGUACAAGGAGCAUAUCUCCAUGUACUUGGGGAUUCCAUCCAAAGUAUAGGAGUAAUGAUUGGUGGUGGAAUUAUAUGGUAUAAGCCCCAAUGGGUGAUAGUUGAUUUGAUUUGCACACUCAUAUUUUCGGUCAUUGUUUUGGGGACAACAUUCAGGAUGCUGCGAAACAUACUCGAAGUCCUGAUGGAGAGCACACCAAGAGAAAUUGAUGCUACUAAACUUGAAAAAGGGCUAUUGGAGAUGGAGGAUGUUGUGGCCAUCCAUGAGCUACAUAUAUGGGCCAUAACAGUGGGAAAAAUCCUUCUGGCUUGCCAUGUCAAGAUCAGACCAGAAGCAAAUGCAGACAUGGUGCUGAGUAAUGUAGUAGAAUAUUUUAAAAGGGAGUAUAACAUCACUCAUGUCACCAUUCAAAUUGAGCGCUAGUUGGUUUUUUAAAGGGGAAGAUAAGAAAUGUGAAGAUGUGACUAGAAAGGUGUGUGAAGUUGUAAUGUACGUAUUAUUUUUGGUCAGUAGAUUGCUGGUACUGUUUCUGUAAAGAUUUGCAUAUUGAGUGUACUGUACUUUGAUAUGAAUCUAUAGACACAGCUUUGAUCUAUAGCUCUUCACA